UAAGAACAAAUUUAAACCGUGGCGGCUGUUUAGUUUUCUUUUUAAUAGGUACAUCAUAAAAACGUCACUCAUCAUGGCAUCCUAAAGUUUUAGUCUCAAACGAAUAAUUUUGUAUAAUAGAAAACGUAAGGAACGUGUAACCGUCAUUAGAUAAAAAAUCAUUACGUAUGAAUGUAUGCGGGGCAAAUUACUGGGGUAUUAGUAAUGCCCUUCUAGAAAUAGCAAGCGCACAAUUAAAAAAUAUAUAUCCGUGAAUCCAAUGGGAAAAGACGUCAGCAAAUAUAGUACUUGACAAUGGACAGUAAGCGCAAUGCAGUAAAUCUGCCGAACUAUGAUGAUCUAGAUUGCAAAGAAAAGAAGGAUAUACAAAUAGUAACUACAAAAACGCCAUCGUUGAAAACACUGAUCAACUGGAAUAUAUCAAAAGCACUGAAAAGUAAUCCUGGAAUUGACUUGAAGGUAGCGUUGCGAGAAGCAGAAGAGCGGUUGGACGAGGCGCACGAUGCGAAGGCUCUGGUGUCUCCAGAUGCGCGCAACCUUUGCUGCGCCCUCCUGGCCUGGCAGCAGCUCGGCCACCGUAGUGCCGACAGCUUAUUCAAGUUUAGCUUGAGAGCCAAAAAGUCUUUUUUUUACAGUUUUAUUCAAACUCUAAAAGAAAAAGAAUUUGAGGUUGAACGAAAUAUGGAAAGUAUAUGUGAAAAGACUAGUUACGAAAGUGAUAUUCCUAUUGGCUCUGUUAUAUCACCUCUUAAUGUAUCUGGAUCGAAUAAUUCGAGCCGCACGCCAUGUCAGUGGGGUAGUCCUACCAAGAUAGAUUUUAGCACCUCCAUCGGGCUCGUGGUAAACCUGCCCAGAGAGCCUCAAAUGCUAAUGUGCUGCCCUGGUCCUGUAAGGGUUCCGAAAAAGCCUAAUAGAAAUUGUUCUUGUACCACAUCGGCCAACAAAAUAGAUCCCCCAUGUUGCCUGGACAAAAAGUGCAUGGAGCGGCUGACAAGCAUGGAGGCGGAUACGCAAGAGCUGCGCAAGCGCGCCGGGCAGUUCGCGCGCCGUGAGACGCAGCGCGCCGAGCAGCUGGAGCGCGCCGAGAUGGCCUGGCGGGACCUCGACGCGUGCUACCAGCGCCGGCUGCGGGCCGCCAAGGAGAAAGAGGAGGAGUAUGAAAGACAGAUGGCAAGAUUUUUGGAUGAGAGGAACAAAUACAAGCAGGCGUGUGUGCCGCUGGUGGACGUGUUAAAGAAGAAAAGCUCAGUAGCGGAGACGGAGCAAGAAAAAUUGAAGCAGCUUGAGAAGGAGAUGUGCUCGCGGGCAUGCACACGGGUCCAGCUGGCCGAGAACGCCGCACGCGUCAACGCGCAACUCACGGAGCAGCAGUGCAAAUGUUCUCAGCUCGACAGAAACCUAGCGUGGAAAGAGGAGCACGAGCGUAGUAAACAUCGUGCGCUGGAGGACGCGGCGGAGGUGGCCAAGGUGCUCACGCACGAGGCGGAAUGUGCGCAGCGCGCAGAACUCGAGGCGCUGCGCAAGCAGGUGGCGCAGGUGUCAGAGGACUUGCUGGAGGAGGACAUGCGUACGGCGGUGUUGAUGAAACGAAUCGAAGAGUACAUGCAAGAAAAAAAUGAAAUGAUAGAAGACUUGGAAGCUUGUCAGACAAAGUGUGAAGGUCGUAUGGGAGCAUUAGUGAAAGAAUUGAAGUGUAAGAGAGAUAAGAUUGCAGAGUUAAAAGAUAAGAUGAUGGAAUGCCGCUGCAAAGAGCCUGUAGACCAAGCGGUAGAGGUGAAGCGGACGCCGUCGCUGGCCGCGUUGUGCAAGUGCUCGCCAAGCGAUACCAUUCAGGGAUCGUGUUCGUGUACGUCAAUACGAAGUCGGCUUCUAUCGUCACUCUUUAAGGAUUUAUUUAACGGCCUAAAAUCAGAAAUGGAGACCAUCGGCUCACAGAUGCCUUGUCACCUCUUAAAGUGUCUCGAAGACAAGCAUAAUUGGGACCAAAAUACUGAUGUCAAGCAAAACAUUCGUGCUUAUUUUUCCCGACUUUUGCUCGUUGAACUUGACAUCGCUAUUGCAACAGUCAUUGAAAAGUGCCACGCACAGUGGGUGGGUGAAUGUUGCGUUGAUAUGAAAAAGCCGCAAGUAUCACGAGACUCUGGGCACAGCUUACGGUGGCAAGAGCAUGAGCUCGAGAUGAAGACGCAGAAACUAGCUAAUCAGAUAGCUGAAAAGAUGUUUCGAGAGAGAGCGAAAGAGUUGGCCAAGCUAGCCCAACAAGAACUAAAAGAUGCUCGUCCUCCAUGCGAAUGUGAUCUCGACAACACAUCACAGUAUUCAUCAGCCCUAUACCGUUGCCUGGCUCAACCUCAUCCAAAUUGUCAUAUGAACAAGAUGAAGAACGGCACGGUGAUUGUUGCUUCUAGCCAAGUUCAGCGUAAAAAUAAUCCUAUGCCUCAAAUUACGCAAAUUAGGUCUUCGAAAAAAAACGCUAAUGGAGCUGUAAUGACGCUGCCAAAAUACUUGUAUCCAACAGACAAAAUAGGAAGAAAAUACGUUAAUAAUCGAGGGCCCGAGUCGAUAUUAACAAAUAAAGGCAAUGCUGGUAAACCUGCAAGAAAACUUAAAUCAUGUACGAACAAAGCUAAUCCACAUAAAGUGUGCGCAAACAGGCCCAACAAAUUGUUUAGAGAGCCCCAACAAUUUGCAGUAAACAUGUGCUUGUGCGACAGUAAAAAAGAAUCUACUUCUAAUAAACCUCAUAAGAACUUUAAUAUGAAAUCGGAAUUGCCUCACAGUCAUAAAAGUGUUUCAAAUUUAAGACAGCAGAAACCCAUAUUAGAUAUUAAGGAGAAUACUUUUCAGGAGAGGGAAAAGACUAGUUUCUCUUUAUGUACGGAAAAAUGCGCUUGCUUACACAAAACACCAUCAAAUACGUCUAUCGAUAGACUUGUAAAUGUUUUAACAAAAUGGAAAGACAAUUUAGUUGAAUCACAAGAUUGUAAUCUUCAAGACAUUAUUAAUACAGAUUCUUUGUUUAAAAUUACUCAUUCAAGUAUUGUAAAUAUUUUACAAGAAAUACAUAGCAAAACAGAUCAAACUGAAUGUAAAAACAGUAAAAACAAUUUUGGAAAAUGUGUUAAAAAACAACAACACGACAAGAAUGUUAAAUCACUAAAAGAGAGUAAUAAAACUCUCAGUAAAGAAGACGAGUGCCCUAAAGCCAUUGUAUCCAGCCAGCAAAAGCAGUCGAAAUUAUUAAUUGCUAUAAAUUUAAAUGAUCGUUUAGACCAUUGUGACGAUAAUGAAAAAACUAUUAAAUCAAACACUAAUUGUCCAGUACCCAUCAUGUCUUCUGUUAAAUCUAUACCUGUUAAAGCAGAUAUACAAAAAAAAUCGAUUGAAACCUUGGAUAUUUACGAUAGAACCGAUACGUCAAUUAGCAAGUUACCUGUAAUGAAUAUUGUGGAAUGUUCUGCAGUACGGUGUCAAGACGGUGAAAAAUGUAUUCAAUGUUUGGGAGCUACACUUGCAAAUGCAAUCCGCAAACGUUCGUUGAUUAAAAACGAUAAUCAUAUUUUGGAUGUUGAACCAACAAACAGUAAAAAUUUAAGUACAUUAAAUAAUCAAAAUGCCACUAAAGAGAUUGGCGAUGUUGCAAAGUUUCCUCCCGGCAAUACAAACACUCGCUGCCAAAAUUUCAUUCAGUUUUUAGGCGUUGCACUUGACAAUGAAAAAGUAAAUAUGUUAAUGAAACGGGAUGCAAAAAAACCUAGAAACAAAAAAUAUAAAAGACAUCAUCGAGGCAAUUUAUUUGAGGAUAAACGAGGAAACAGUCAUGAUAAAUCUGACGGUAAGUUAGUCGAGUUAGGUACUAAUAGAGAUAUACGUAAAACAAAAUAUGCAAUUAAUCGAAUUAAAGCACUGAAUGUGUUACAUGUUCACAAUGAAUGUGUCUAUCCGCGGCCCAAAGUUGAAAAUUUGAAUGAAGAUAAGUCUGUAGAAUUUCAAAAUAAUAGUAAUAACGUCUUAGAUCCUGAUGAACCUUGCGUUUGUUGUCCGAUAACCAAGGCAGACGAUUCAAAUGAUUUGGAAGUAAAUGCUUUUCAAUUGUUGGAGGAACAUUUAAAAAGUAAAUUAGAUGAAUUUAGGCGUUCAGCCUGUAUAUCCUCUUGCAUAUCAAACGUGGAUGAAAAAAAUCUUUUGGGUGAUACUAUACUCAAGGUAAAAAAACUUAUUCUGGAGAGUGCGAAUAAAGUUACCUGUAAAUGUGGAAGAAAUAACCAAUUCAGCGGUGGGAGCUGGAACAGAGCAUAUAGUUUAUUGCAUGAAUAUUUGAAGACUAAAAUAGAACAUGUUAAAUGUAUUUGUAGUUCAGUUGAAUAUAGCCGAGAUGAAAAUUUGGUGACGAGUGUUUUGAGUCAAAUAAGUUGCUUGAUUGAAAAUGAUUUACAACGACUUAAAAAUGUAUGCAAAUGCAAUAAUACGACAUUAGACUCCAUUAGUAAACGGAAAUCGCAUAAUACGCAUGAACCUCAAUGUAGUAUUAGUGAUUUAAAGAAUCACAAUAAUAUGAUAAUACCGAACGCUAUUGAAAAAAAAAACCCGCCAAUGACUCAAGUAGUUGAAUCCAAGUUUGUUAGUUACACUAACGGUGUUUCGCUGCCGCAUAAUAAAUCAGCACAAGUAUUGAUUCAUCAUUCAGUUGAAACCAAGUCAUGCGAUGCUUUAAAACUAUAUAGUAAGUACUCUGAAGUACAAACAUUAGACAUAAUGAAAACUAAGCUUGUUAUAGAUAAUUACAUUAACUAUGAAAGUGAUGAUGUUAAACCUAGUGUCAACCAACAAGAUAACGAUGAUUUCACCAAGAAAGCUAAGAAUAAGUCAUAUUUUCAUCCUGAUAUGCAAAGCAAUGGGCUUACUAAAAACAGUUCACCUUGUAAAAAAAGAGACAUCACAGUAUUGCCUAUAGUAAUGCCAUCAGGUAACAAGAUUAAUGAAACAGAUUCCAAGAAAAAUAUAAACUUAAUCGACGACCAAUUGCUGGAUGAAAAAAAUCUGAUCCACGUGGUAAACGAGGACGACAAAAUUGACGAACCAUUUUUGGCAAAUAUUGGUUGUACAAUAAAUUGUUGCUGCGAUCGUGAUUUAGGUUGUGUCUGCACAAAGUCAACAGUUCCAUCAAACACGGAGUGGUUAAGAACAAAUGAUAUAUUUAAAACAUUCACACAAAAACAAAGUGUAGUCGAAAAUGUUUCUUACAUACUAAAGAGCAUACCGAAAAAUGUGAAUUUCGUAGAAGAUCCUACAGAGGAUAUUCACGUAACAGGCAAAAUCCCAAUGAAUAAUCUAAAUCGAAGCGAAUCAAAUGUCGAGAGUAAUAUUUAUUUCGGUCGAUAUAAACAAAAAGUACACGUAGUUAACGAUUGUUACAAAGCAGAAUUGGUGCAUGAAAGCAAAACAAAAUUAUGCGAAUCUGGGGUAAACGCCAGCGAAGAAGAUCAUAUUUACUUAAAACAAUCGAAUCCAAGGUUAGAUAUAAUUCAUGAUACUGCUAACACUUUAACAGAUGACUGCUCGCCUAAAUAUAAUUCGAUGUCUCGUAAAUCAAAACACCAUGGCAUCCUGAAACGAAAUACACAUGAGUUAUUCAAACAUGCUCCAAUGUCUUUUAGCAAUAGUGAUACGGCACUGGUAGCUGAUCAUGCAUCGCAAAGAUCAGAGUCCUUGUUGACAGACUGUGAUUGCGCAAUGGUUCCUAUAUGUCACGUCAAAAUGCUUGUGGAAAAUAUUGGAAAUAAGCUGGUUAAAGCUGAGUGUACAUGUGAUUCGUUAAAAUCAGUUUGUCCAAUACAUUCUUGUGAAAUUAAAUAUUUAUGUACCUGUAUAAAUAUGGACAACUUGGGGAAAGUCCAUAAAGAUGAAGCAGAAAAGAAAAGAAGUGAUCCUAACAUAUUCUCUCGUUUUUUUAUAUGCUGGGUUUGUCCAGUACUUGUGAAAGGAAAUAGAAGGGAUGUCGAAGAAGAAGAUCUUAUUAUACCUGGAAAACAAUAUGAUUCAAUUCGACAGGGCCAAUUAUUGGAAAGUUAUUGGAUGCAGGAGACCGAAAAAGCUAAUAGAGAAAACCGGAAACCAUCGUUAUGGAGUGCAUUACGGCGUGCGUACUGGCUCCAAUACAUGCCAGGAGCUCUAUACCUCUCCAUGAACGCUUCAGCCAGGAUGAUCCAACCGAUAAUUUUUACUGAGCUACUGUCAUACUGGUCUGCGGAGUCCACGAUCACGCGAUUGGAGGCCGGGUACUACGCCUUGGGCAUGUUGGGGCUCAAUUUCAUCGCCAUGAUGUGCCAUCAUCACAACACUCUAUUUGUUAAUAGAUUCAGUUUAAGAGUCAAAGUGGCAGCUACAUCUCUCCUGUACAGAAAGCUGCUGCGCUUGAGCCAGGUGUCGCUGGGCGAGGUGGCGGCGGGCAAGCUGGUGAACCUGAUGUCCAAUGACGUGGCGCGCUUCGACUACGCGCUCAUGUUCCUGCACCAACUGUGGGUGAUUCCGGUUCAAGCGGCUGUGGUCCUGUACCUGCUCUACAUUUCCGCCGGGUGGGCGCCAUUCGUGGGCCUGUUUGGCGUAGUGCUUAUUAUCAUACCCUUGCAAGCCGCUCUUACAAAAUUAACUGCUGUUGUAAGACGUAAAACUGCUGCCAGAACCGACAGAAGAAUAAAACUAAUGAGUGAAAUAAUAAACGGGAUUCAGGUUAUAAAGAUGUAUGCUUGGGAAAUUCCAUUCCAAGCAGUAGUGAAAAUGGCGCGAUCGCAUGAAAUAGCUGCAGUUAAGAACUCCAUGAUUAUUCGUAGCAUGUUCCUUGGAUUCACGCUAUUCACUGAAAGGACAAUUUUGCUCUUGACAAUUUUGACCCUCAUUUUAACUGGGUCAAUGAUCACUGCGACCACGAUUUAUCCUAUUCAACAAUAUUUCGCGAUUAUCCAGAUAAAUUUGACACUUAUUCUUCCGUUUGCUAUUGCCAACCUCUCGGAGCUAUUUGUUUCCUUAGACCGUAUUCAAGAAAUUUUGGUAAUGGAUGAAAGAGAGGAUAUUAAGAACAUACCAGGAGGAAAUAAUACUAUAAGACCAGUCUCAUUUGACUCUAAUCCUAUUAAACAAGAGCCAAAUUCUAUUGUACCCAAGAAAUACACACAUAACGAUGAAUUUGCUGGACAAGAACCGGAAACCGCUAUUAGACGUCCAUCGGCAGCCGUCGAGUACGCUUUAGAGUUGGCGGGGGUGACAGCCUCCUGGUCGCCGAAUGGUGACGAGACCACUCUUGCGAAUUUGUCGAUAAGAAUUCGCAAAGGCAAACUUUGUGCAAUAAUAGGCCCUGUUGGCUCCGGAAAAUCUUCAUUAUUACAAGUGCUGCUCAGAGAGUUGCCAAUAAGCAAAGGGAACCUCAACGUCAAGGGACGAUUGUCGUACGCCAGCCAGGAUCCCUGGUUGUUCCCCGCAACCGUCCGAGAAAAUAUUUUGUUUGGUCUACCUUAUGACUCCAAUAAGUAUAAAGAGGUUUGCCGGGUUUGUUGCCUGUUGCCAGAUUUCAAACAAUUUCCAUACGGUGACCUCACUCUCGUAGGCGAACGCGGAGUGUCUCUGUCAGGAGGACAAAAAGCUCGCAUUAAUUUAGCAAGAGCAGUUUAUCGUGAGGCGGAUAUUUACUUAUUGGAUGACCCUUUGUCUGCCGUGGAUGCCAAUGUCGGCAGAAUUCUAUUUGAAGAUUGCAUUAAAGGCUACCUGCACGGUAAAACUGUGAUUCUGGUUACCCAUCAAAUUCACUUCCUCAAAUCUGCGGACACUAUAGUAGUAUUGAAUGAAGGUGCUAUUGAAAAUGUAGGUACUUACGAAGAACUCACCAAAUCUGGGAAAGAAUUUGCUUUACUCCUGACAAGCCCCGACGAGAAUGUUGCUGAACCCGGAACUACUAAGCUCGAAGCAAGACCAUCGAUGAAACGAGGUAUCUCGAGAGUAUCAAUCAAAAGCGAAACUAGUGAAAUAGAAAAGGAGCAAAUCCAGGAAGCAGAAGAAAGAGCCAAGGGCAACUUGAAGUGGGACAUCAUUUGGACCUAUCUAUCCUCAGUGCAAUCGUGGUGUCUCGUAGCCACCACGCUGGUGCUGAUCUUGGCCACCCAGGCGACUGCUACUGCUACCGACUACUGGCUUAGUCUAUGGACUAAUAAUGUCGAUGCAUACGAACAGUCUUUGCCGGCUGGGGAGGAACCCGAUCCCGGUUGGACUACAGAAAUUGGAAACUUGCAAACUUGGCAUUAUUUUCUCACUUUUGGCUGCUUAAUUUUGGGAAUCAUCGUGAUCCUACACACUCGAAUUUACUCCUUUGUUGUAAUGACAGUCCGAGCCUCAAAAAAUAUUCAUAAUCUAAUAUUUAAAAAUCUUAUCAAUGCCUUGAUGAGAUUCUUUGACACAAACUUAUCUGGUCGAGUCUUGAAUAGAUUCUCAAAAGACAUGGGUGCGUUGGACGAAAUCUUGCCGCGAUCGAUGCUGGAAACCAUUCAAAUGUACCUCUCCAUGAUAAGCAUCCUAGUGCUGAACGCGUUGGCUCUAUGGUGGACGAUCAUACCGACCUUCGUUUUAGUUAUCUUAUUUAUCGUUCUCCUGAAAUGGUACUUGAAUGCAGCGCAAGCUGUGAAAAGAUUGGAGAGCACAACAAAGAGUCCUGUUUUCGGUAUGAUUACGUCUACAAUAUCGGGCUUGUCCACAAUUAGAAGCUCAGGUUCUGAAAAUAGGUUAAACCAAUUAUUUGAUGCUGCACAGGAUCUACAUUCCAGUGCUUUUUAUACUUUCUUGGGAGCUCAAAGUGCAUUCGGAUUAUAUCUAGAUUAUCUUUGUCUCGCGUACUUGGGCACUAUUAUUGCCGUUUUCCUCGUUGUGGAUUUUGGUGAAUUGAUCCCAGUGGGUAGUGUGGGUCUUGCUGUUAGUCAAUCUAUGGUACUCACAAUGAUGUUACAAAUGGCCGCCCGGUUUACUGCCGACUUUUUGGCGCAAAUGACGUCGGUCGAGAGAGUGAUCGAGUACAGUGAGCUGCCAAAGGAAGAAAACAUGUAUGAAGGAAAAAUACAGGCGCCACCAACUUGGCCAUCUCAGGGGGAGGUGCUCUUCGAAAACGUCUUUAUGAGAUACGGACCUGAAGAUCCGCCAGUUUUGAAUGAUUUGAGCUUCCAAAUUAAUAAUGGCUGGAAGGUGGGAGUCGUAGGCCGAACUGGGGCAGGGAAAUCUUCGUUGAUUUCAGCUUUAUUUCAACUUUACACGAUCGAUGGCAACAUAAAAAUUGAUGGAGUAAACAUCAAAGACUUGUCUAAACAGGCCUUGAGAUCGAAAAUAUCUAUUAUCCCUCAAGAACCCAUACUUUUUUCCGCUACAUUGCGUUACAACUUGGACCCCUUCGAUACCUACAGUGACGACGACAUUUGGAGAGCCUUGGAGCAGGUAGAGAUGAAGGACGCUAUAUCUUCGUUGAGCUACAAGGUCGCAGAGGGCGGCGGUAAUUUCUCCGUGGGACAGCGGCAGCUGCUGUGCCUGGCGCGCGCCGUGCUGCGCUCCAACAAGGUGUUGGUGAUGGACGAGGCCACCGCCAACGUUGACCCUCAAACCGAUGCACUGAUCCAGUCGACUAUCCGGCGUGUGUUCUCGGCGUGCACGGUGAUCACGAUCGCGCACCGUCUCAACACCGUGAUGGACUCCGACCGCGUCCUCGUCAUGGACAAGGGCCGCGUGGCCGAGUACGACUACCCCUUCAUCCUGCUCAAGAACCCCAAUAGCCUCCUCAACUUUAUGGUCAAAGAGACGGGCGAAAUGGGCAAGGCUCUUUACGACAUGGCCAAGGCUAAAUAUGACAGUGAACAUCCCCCUGCUUAAAGCGAAUAUAUACUAGGUAGUUUGAAUCGAACCAAACUAAUUCUGUAUAGGUAGCAGUGUUGGCCGAACGUUAACUAGAAUUGAAAAUUAACCAUUACAAAUUGAACCGUAAACUGUAACCGAUCGUAACGGUUUACGGUUCAAUUUGUAAUGAAUCAUUUUUAAUAUUUUCUAUUCUAAUUAACUUUCGGCCAACACUGAUAAGAAGUAUUUGCAAUGACAAACUGUGGUACCUAAAGUCAUCAUUGAUUUGAAAUUUCCAUGAAAAUGUGGCGUUUAUAAUGACAAUUCCACUUUCCCUUACUCUGUUUGUUAGACGGACUACAACACUAACAAAUUAGGUAGCUACCGAUAUUUUUACAGCUGAUAGUACUCGGCUCCUGAAAUAUAUUUAAGUAUGAAACAUUAUAGGUUUUAUGAUGUUUUAUUGGUGAAAAUUUGAAAACAAAUUUACUACCGAAAUACACCAUGUUAAUGAGAUUACAUAAUGAGUUCAUGAGACCUCAUUGAACAGAUUCUAGAACUUCUUUUACCUAACACUUAACUGGCCACUUCACGUUGAUAAAUGAUAUCAUAUGAGUCAUAUGACACAUUGACACAUUUAAGACAAACAAUUGUGGCGUUUUCAACCAAACGGGUACUUGUUGUUGAUAGGGAGCGUGCACGAACUGUAGGAGGCAGCACAGGAGCCGUCAGAUUUUUGGCGCGAGGCGUAAAUGUGAUGUUUUUUGUUCCGAUGUAGCCCACAAGAUGGCAGAACCUACUAUGCACAAGAAAGCACGUGACGUGUAAAUGUGCAUGUUUAUGGUUCCGAUUCAGACCACAAGAUGGCAGACACUCCAACGCGCACGGUCCCUAUAGGGAGCGUGCAUGAACUAUAGGAGGCAGCACAUGAGCCGUCAGAUUUUUGGCGCGAGGCGUAAAUGUGAUGUUUUUUGUUCCGAUGUAGCCCACAAGAUGGCAGAACCUACUAUGCACAAGAAAACACGUGACUUGUAAAUGUACAUGUUUAUGGUUCCGAUUCAAGCCACAAGAUGGCAGACCCUCCAACGCGCACGGUCCCUAUACUAAUCGACACCGACUAUGUAAGUACCUUUACUUGAAAAUGUCACAAUCGUUGACAUGACAGAAAGUGUUAAACAUCUUGUCAGUUAAAUGCACAUUUGAUUAUAAUUUAUUUAUUUAAUUCGGUAAAUAAACCCAAAAAAAUAAAAUAAGAAGUUUUCUUUAUUUCUAUUUUAAUUUAAUUUGUUUUAGAGUAAAAAACCAUUUCUUGAAACAACGGUAACUAAUUUGUUAGCCCUUUAUAUAUUUUUCUUAUUGCUCUAAUAAAAUUGUAUGGAGAACUAAUGAACUACUUAAAUGCCACCCACCACAUAUUGAACUGGCAAUAUCAAACUAUCACUGCUAAAUCUCUCGCAUAUAUCUUGACACGAAUAAAAAAAGGCAUAGCACUAUUUUGUGAGCCUUUUUUAUGAUUUUAUUUUCUCAGAUACAUCUACGUUGUAACUAUACGGAAUAUCUUUAUGUAACAAAUUUAAAAGGAAAACUAUCACGAGUAUGUUAUUGAUUGUUCUCGAGUGCCAGACUAUCAAGGUUUGUGUCAAGGUACUUACAGAAAAUCCUCAACGAUCGAUAGCGUUUAUAGCGGUCAAGCGAUGCUUAUUAUAACUUCUCUUUGGAGUAUGUUUGUAGUAGCGGCUUUACUUCUUGGCCAACUUUUACGUAUAGUAAAAGUUAGUUGAACAAAACGUAUACAUAUAUUUUGGAGCAUUUCAUGAGCUGUCCGGUACUAACCCAUUUUACUUCGUGUAGGUAAUUUUUUUAAAUGUUUCAAUUCAAUGAUUAUUUUACUGAGCAUUUUGUACAUAUGUUAUGUCAGAAUAAAAAACUCCUACACUUGCAAACCUGCAGAAAAUAUGCCUUUAUACGGGGCAGCGGUCGACAAUUUCGUGGAAUGUAUAUGACCUAUUUUUGGGCCUAUUCCCUGUAGUCUUACCGGUGGAACCAAUUGGAAUUUACUUCCUAGAAUAACAUUUUGUUAUUUUUUUGUCUAUGAUAGUUGAGAAUUAAUUGCUAAUAAAAGUAAUAUAAAAUAAAUAUGUUCAUAACUG